AUGAAAAGGAAGAAAGUAUUUCGAGAAACCUCCGAUCAUGCGAAUUCCCACAACUCUCACAGCCAUAGCUCAGUGGACUGUGUCGAGAGCACCUCCAAAUCCGUCGAACAAUCCAUAGGAACAGCCGAAGCGAAACCAAAAGAGGAUAAUCUUUGGAAAAUUGCCGGAGCGAGGCUGGACGAGAAAAGCCAGGAAUAUUUGGAUAUUGGGGGAAACAGUGACCUCAAUGCAACGAUCCAGGCUCUAGUCGAUGAGACAAGGGCCGCGUGCGAGGAAUACGAGAAGGGUGGUUUCCGGAUUCAGAUACAUGGGAAGAAUAUCAAUGUCCGAGAUUCAGUGCAGAGUAUUCUCAUCUCAGCACUGCAGGUCCAAGAUAUUAUCAAAGCAGGUGCCGCUUUUGAUCCAACUGGGCACGCAUCAACGGCGUGGUCUGUUAUAUCGAUUGGACUGACGGUUGUCAAAAACAGCAAAGACCGUCAAGAUGCCGUGAUGCAAGCCUCUGACUUUCUGGCAGGGGUACUGGUCUACUAUGCCAUCGUCGAUGCAAGAUACCGAGACCAAGGAGUGGAAACCGAUCAGGGGUUGGAGGAUGCCCUGAUUGAGGUGUAUACUGCGGUGCUUCGCAGCACACGUGUGGCAGAGCAUAAAGGCUUUAGUAACCCUCUCGAACGUCUGAAAGCAGCUGUGGAAGAAAGGGGGAAAACUGUUGAGAUAUGGAGGCAUCUAGGUGCUGACCUUGAUCUCAGGCAGAAGGCAGAUAAGAUUCUCGAUUACACCCAUGAGCUGCCUGAGAAAAUGAACAAUAUUCCAGUCGCAGAACAACAGUAUGUGAUUACACUUGCCCCUUACUUUGGUGACCGGGAGAAUAAAAUCCGGGAAUGGUUAUCCACGGCCGAAUUUUCAAAAAUACAGAAUGAGAAUCGCACCUGUCAAGUGUCGGAAACUGGGAACUGGCUUUUGCAAUGCAGAGCAUACGCUGACUGGAAAACAACCCCGGGACGGUUUCUUUGGUUACAUGGCGUUGUCGGCUGUGGCAAGUCCGUGCUCUGCUCUACAAUCAUUCAUAACAUCCAAACGCUCUGUGAAGGUGACCGGACCAAGCAAGUCGCGUAUUGGUAUUUCCGAUUCAGUAACCGAGAGACACUGAGUAUGGAAGCUAUGAUCAGGUUCAUGCUUCGGCAACUCAGUCCUGUUCCACUUCCAAAAUGUGUGAACAAACUAUGGGAAGAGCACCACAAGGGCCAGGAGCCAGCACGAGAGCUUCUCAUGGCCGUCAUGCAUCAGGUCAUCGAGGAUCUCAGCGGAACGACAUUUUUGAUUCUAGAUGCUCUGGAUGAAUGCCCCUGGGAACCUGGCAACCGCGAAAGAGAUUCAUUAUUUGAGUUCCUCGGACAGCUGAUGGAACGACACAGCAGCAAACUUCACAUUCUCGCAACCAGUCGAUCGGAACCUGAUAUCGCUGCGAAGCUCCAGCACAGCCAGAAUCUUAACCUACACAAGCUCGACUUGGAAGAAGGGCUCAGUAAUGAUGUAGCAGUAUUUGUUAGUAAUCAGAUUCUGCACGGCACUUUGUCAGUAUGGGAUUCAGAGAUCAAAGCUCAAAUUGAAUCGCGAUUGCGAUUCCGAUGGGCAGAGCUUCAAAUCAAGCGACUCGAAGAAUGCCAUGUCGAGGAUGACAUCCUGGAUGCUCUGGAUACAAUCCCCGUUAAUUUGGAGGCAACCUACCGAAACGUCCUGGGGAGAAUACAACCAAGGCACCAAAAGAAAGCACAAUUGAUUUUGACUUGGCUCAGCUUCUCCAUGGUACCAAUGACCCUAGAAGCCGUUGCAGCAGCUGCAUCGCUCCCAUUGACUCGAAGUGUUAUGGAAAUAUGCACCUCCGCGCUGAUCUCAGUAAGCCCAACCGACAAUAUCGUGCGACUCGCCCACUUCUCAGUCAAGGAGUUCCUGGUUUCUGAAGAUUCUAUGAAAGACGUGAACUGGUGUAUCUCAUCAGCAGACCUAUGUCACGCUCUCAUUGCAGAAAGGUCAAUUCAGUGCCUUCUAGACACAGACGAAGACUUGACACAGGAAGCCGCAGAAAAGCAACCAUUGUUGCAGUAUGCUGGAAAAUUUUGGGACGCACAUUUCAGACAAGCGGGAAACCCCCAACCCCCAGAGCUUCAAGACAAGGUGAAUGAUCUAUUCUCCAACCAUGUUUCCUACAUCAACUCACUUCGUUUGUUUCGUUCCCAAGUCUACUGGGACACUGCUCGAUGGUGGACAACGCCGCCCGGAGAGUUCCCUCCCCCCAUAUACACAGCCUCAAGCCGCGGACUGGCCGAAAUUGUCAAGGCUUUACUUGACAGAAACGCAAAUUCGUUCGAAUCAAUCCCCACGGACUUCAACUUUCACAACGCAUUCAUAGCUACCAUGAAGGCAGGUCAUUUUGAUGUUUUAAAAGUGCUUUUGCAAAGCCAGCAACCCACCAAGGAAACUUCUUUAGGGAUGAUUGAACAUUUCAAGCUUGCCUAUCUCGACAUGGAUGAGAUCAGAGUGCUAUUCGACAUGCUUUGGGGCCAACACACUUUCUUUGAUCGGUCCGAACAGGAUGUCACUAUUGACGGUGAUAUCCUCGAGAAAGCAGUGGCAAAUGAGUCUUUCGGAAACAUGUUACUAAAGUGGUUUCUUGAUAACCAAGAGAAGGCGAAAGUUGUGAUCACUCAGAAUUUUUUAAAGGGGGUCCUUCGCAACGAGCGACAUGGCAGAGAAAUGAUGGAGACGCUGUUUGACAGGAGGGAUGCGGACGUCCAUUUCACAAAAAUAUCUCCUUGGUGGUGGGUGGAUAGGCCUGACGUUGCAAAUCUUCUAGAAAGGCGACGUGAUGAGAUUUGCUCCAAUAAAUCCAUCUUGCAGUAUGUUUCAUGGCAAGAGAGCCGGGAAAUGGUUGAGCUCCUAACCCAGGGCUAUGCUAAUCCAGCUGAAAUCGAAGAGCGUUUGCUGAUUGAAGCAUCAAUGACCGGUAACAUAGAACGAGUUCACUCCCUUUUGGAAUCAGGGGCAAAUGUUACCCAGGACGUCAUUGCUGCUGCAAGGUCUGUUGAAACGAUGGAGCUGUUGCUCAACCACUGGAGAUCCGACGAACCUAUUGGCGAGGAGGUGCUCCUAAAAUUGGUAGGAUCGAGUUCUGAGAGCGACGCUAUGGUCAAGAUGCUGUACCAGCGUCACAAAGCACAUAUGACAGUCUCACAGGCUGUAUUUAUCGAAGCUGUUUGUUACUCAACUCGUGAAGUUGUAGAGCUCCUUGUCAACAUUCCAGAGUCAAAUAUCGCCAUCACAGAGGAGUUACUAUGCAUCGCAGCAAGCAAUAUACCUGAGCCUGUUCCCGUCAUGGAAUACCUGUUGCAGCUCGGUGGAAACGCAAUCAGCAUAACCGAAACUGUACUGGUUUCUGCUGCGAGCAGCUUCGCAGAGCAUCCCAAAGACUUGUUUGAGCUCCUUCUGGACAGAUUUCCUACGGUAAAGCUCACAACCCCUGUGUUUGAAACAGCGGUUAGCAACAAGCAUCUCAUGUCCUUCCUCCUGGACCGGUCUGACAAUGAGGCACCCGUGAAGGAGAUAGUACAGACCCUUACGAAGUUGAGCUAUAAUGGGGCAGAAGUGCUAGAGCAAUUUCUCGAGAGAGAGUUGAUAGAGGUCGAUGAAUGGCUGGUGGAAAGUUUUGCUCACAACGAUCGGGCGCUGGAACUCUUCUCCCGCAGAAGACCCGAUCUGCCCAUCACACACCAAGCACUAAUAAAUGCUACAAGCAAUAUUGAUUCAUUGCGAAUACUCUUGGAUGCAUUGAAUGACAACGUCGAAAUUACCGAAGACAUUAUGCUUGCUGUCUUAGAUGCUGAUGUCAUGCGCUUUCUUUUUGACCGAAUGGGGCCAGAUUUGCCAAUUACGGAUAAUGUGUUGAUACACGCAGCCAUUCGGCCCGAUGUCGGAACGUUGAAGUUUGUCCUUGAACAUCAAGAUGAUCUAGAUAUACAGGCAGGAUGGGAGGCCCUCUGGCAGGACAGAGCUCUUUAUUUCAGGGAGAAGCAAGCAGUUGCUCUCCUUGUACACUCGAAUGUCGAAGUCACAGAGAAAAUAAUUGAGACUAUAUUAUCACUGAAUUAUCAGGGCAAUAGCUUCAUGUCUUCUCAUGUGCUUCAAACAUUGCUAUCCACAUGUGUUCGCCAUCGAGUGCCAAUGCCUGGGACUGAAAGGGCAAUGGAGAUUAUCUUGACCAACUGCAACGUGGAAACUGUGACGAAGUUUCUCGAAUACAAACCAGACGUAGAAAUCACAGACCAGCAUUUUGAAGUGGUUAGGAAGUCUCAGCAGAAUGAUAAGGAGAAAGUGAUGGAUCUCCUAAUUACAAAACGUUGCCAGAGUGGAUAUGAAGGGUUAAAUUAG